CUGGUUGCACGCAAGAAUCCUCUCCUAUAAACCAAAGCAACUUCUCUAUUGUUACCUGAGUUCGUUUGAAAAAAUAAAAAGCUAGGUCAAAUGAAAUGCGGGAUUCUAGUUUUGGUCUUUUAAUUCUACCUUAGCAAUGAUCGCACAUUGGAUGCCAUGUAAAAUCGAAGCAAACGGGAUGAAAGCGAAUUCCGAACUUCAAUGUCUAGAAACUUUAAAGUAAUUUGUAUGACAUGUGUCAUUUUCUAUUUCAGCAAUGAAUCUGGUGCAUUAAGUAAUCAUGUACUAGUUUCAAAUUUCCGCGGUAGGCCAUUACGAGGAGUUCAACUCAGUUUUCCUGACAGUUACUCACCAGUGGUUGUUCACCAUAGUGGUAUCGUGUCAGACGUUGGAACAGAACCAAUAAAAUUUGGGGCUAAGCUCGAUAAAAUAUUCCUAUGGAAUUUGUCUACGCCACCAAGUUUCUCAGACCCUAUACCAUUAUCUCUCACUUGGCUUCAUUUGGCUAGCAUUUUGCAUUCAAGCUCCUAAUAUUCGCUAAUACAUAUUGUUCACACUUUUUGUAUAUCUUGUUAUGAUGACGGUUAAUGUUUUACAUAUCUGUACAACUAAACGAAUGAUGAUCAUACAAGUAUUUCCAUAACUG